CUUGAUUGGUCUUGUGUCACCUCUAUAUUGCGACAACGGCGCCACCGGUCCUUCAAUUCAAAAAGGUAACGGCUUAGUUUUCACGUUACUCACGACAGCGACACUCGUAUUUCUUUCGUGCAAUAAAUUGAUGUUUUGCGAAAACUCGGAAUAAAGACAACUUCGUAACGAUGACCGAUAAACCUGAGUGGCAGCCGAUGUGGCAGAAGACCAUUGUUACGCUAGAAGAAGCGCUUAACACAUUGCAGAAUACUUGGAAAAAUUUAGGAUAUGUCAAGGAGACACGGGCAAUAUAUUACGAACAAGCGUACAGUCAUAUAAAAGACUUGUUGAAUGACAUGAUAACUGAGUCGCAGACGAAACAGCAGCAGCUAUUGGAGAGCAUAAAGAACCUGUUGAAGCAAACUACAGCAUUGUACGCAGAACUGCAUCUGGAUACAGUACCCAAUACCUAUGAUCAAAUUCCCUUGAGCAAGGUAGAGCAAAUGUUGCGUACAGAUCUGCAAAAUCUUGAACGUAUGAAGAAAGAACGCCUGCUGAAGUUAAAAGAAUUAUUGGCAAAGGAACAUGAUAUCAGCACAAAGAUUGGUACUAAGAGAUUAAGCAUCACUACGAAUAUCGUGCCUACUGAAGAAGAACUUAAUAGUUUUAAGUUAUAUCUUGAACAACAAGAGAAUGAAAAGAAUCGUUUGGAGAAUGUUUUUACUGAUAUGCGUUGCUCUAUAAUUAAAAUGAUGAAUGAUCUAGAUAUAACUCCAUCUUCGUCAUUUGAGCAUUUAGUUUAUGAUAGUCCUGAGGAGUUUGUGCUAAAUACAAGCAACAUGACAAAAUUGAGAGAUUUCAGGGAUCAGCUGAAAACACAAGUGGAGGAAACAAAAGAACAUGUGGAAAAAAUGAAGGAAGAUCUACUGACAUUGUGGAAGUAUCUUGAUGAACCUGAGACUUGUCACUCGUUUCUUGAAAAAUAUCCUGGUUAUUGUAGUGCUACUGUAAAUGCUUUAAAUGCAGAGAUCAAACGCUGCAAGGAGAAAAAGAAGGAGAAUAUUUAUAAAUAUGUUGUGCAGUUGAGAUUUGAUUUGGUUAAUCUGUGGGACUUGUGCAAAUACAGCGAAGCAGAGAGAAACUCGUUUGCAGCAUUUCAUUCUAAUACAUUCACAGAGGAUUUGUUGACACUGCAUGAAAUAGAAGUGGAUAAAUUGCGCAAGUUUUAUAAUGACAACCAAGUGAUAUUUGAACUUUUGGAACAACGUGAAAAUCUCUUGAAAAAAACAAAAGAAUUGAUUCAGCGAGAAAAUAAUCCAGACCGCUUUCAUAAUCGUGGAGGCCAAUUGUUGAUGGAGGAGAAGGAACGCAAGGUGAUACAAAAGAAGUUGCCCAAAAUGGAAGAAGAAUUAAAGCAGUUGAUAAAUACAUAUGAGAACAAACAUAAUUGCACAUUUACUAUCUAUGGUGUAUCAUUGGAAAAUAUCUUAGCAGAUUCAUGGGAGGAUAUCAAUCACGAAAAGGAGACCAUCAGGAAAGGCAGGAGGGAAGCAAAAGAAAAAUCUGUGAAAAAAUCACCUUUAAACAGCUCCAAAAGGACACCUGGUAUGUCCUACUUGAGCAUUCAUAAAGGCCCAGUUCUGGGAUUAUCAAAACGAAAAUUGUUCAGCCCAUCUCCCAAUACAUCGGCGAAACGCAGAAACAAAAAUGGUGACAAAAAUAAGCCUACUGUUUCUGCAUCUAAGAUAAGAAGGAGUGGUAGACUAACAAAACACACCCAAAAAGGACAUAAGAAUACUCCUAGGAGAAGCAAGGGUUCAUCGUCAGCCAAUAACAGCAUAAUGGACACAACAUACAAUCAAUUCCAAGGUCACAUGACAAGCCGAGAAGAAUUGCACAGUUCGAUGAUACCAGAACAGAUACUGAAAAAUGCCACUAAGGUUAACAUCAAGACACCUGUGCGAACGCCUGCGAAACCGUUGAGAAAAAAUCUUACCACCCUUAUGACUCCCACUCACAAUUCUACGCGUAAAACGCCUCAUAGCCCUAGAAUCAUUAAUACUCCUAAAUUAGCAACAGCCCCCAGUAACUUACCUAUUAUUAUCUAAAUAUGCUUUUAAGAUAAUGGAAACGCAAAAUAAAUUUUAUCUACGAGAGUUACCUGAAAAGUAAUUCAAUUUUAACGACAUAAUCAUGCUAAUAUAAAUAAUUAAUAUAGAUCACUGUUUGUGGUAAAAUUUAAAAGUAACAUACAGAUUGCUUUUUAUACAGCCAUAUGCAGUGGAGAUUAAUUUAUAAGUAUUGGCUUAAUAUAUAUGCGUUAUACAUUAUUUGCGUUAAUAUGUUCGAUAAAAGCAACACUUCAGUUUUUUGCGAUAUUACUGUUUCAAUAAACAGAAGUGUAAUCCAAUGCAAUUUUUAUAUGCAGCUGAUAUAUAUAUUAAGUAAAUAGAAGUGAUUGCGUGAUUAUCAUAUUCACCUUCAAUUCAACAAUAAUUCAAUCUACUUUUCUUUUUUUACUUUAAGGCAACAAGAGAAAUAUGAUUCUUGUCCUUUCUGAACAAUACUUUGCACAAAACCUUUUCAAUAAUUAUUUAUAGUGAUACUUCAAAUAUUUUUUUAAGAAAUGUAUGAUACAACCCGAUAUUUUUUCUGAUUACAUUUUAAUAUAUAUUAAACAAUAUAUAUUAAACGGAGAAAAAUGUAUAUUAUUAAUAUACAAUAUCUCAUUGUAUCAUCGAAGUUGUUAUUUGUCUCAACAAAACUAGAUUUAACAGUUGUUAGGUAAAAAAUAACAUAGGUUAUAAACAUUAUUUAUAAUUACAUUGUAUACAUCGCGGAUUGUAUUUACGUGUUUGUAUUUGUAUAUGUAAUUAGAUUGUAUGGAGAAAGAAAAUAAGGCAGAAAUGUUACUGUAGCUUUAACACAUGUAACUUUAAUGUAGAUAAGAUCUAUAAUAAUGUUAAAAAGAUACAAUGUAUUUUCGUAAAUACUAACAACGGUUUUAGCAUAAAUAAAAAGGAUGCACAAGAUAA